UCUUAAGAAAAAAUAUAAUAAAAAUGGCUAUCACCAAAAAAACUUUAGUCGCAUUAGUUUUCACUAUCUUCUUCAUCAUAUCUUUUGGUCACGGUCGUACGACAACACCAAGUUAUGGAAUGUUGUUUGACUCAGUGACUUGCGAGGGAGGAUUUGAACAGUGUCCUCCUGGUGGUGGGGACGUCAAGUGUGAUGCCUAUUGUAAAACUUUGAAAAACAAAUAUGAUUUUGGAGUAUGUAGUAAGAUAUACGGAUGUUGCUGUCAUAAAAAUGUUUAAAAAUAAAUGUCUCUAAGAUGAAUUAAUCUAAUCAAAUGUAUUGGUAUUUCUUUCAAUAAUAACUUUGAGUUUCAA